AUGGAGUUAAUUAUCAAAGCGAAGGCGCAGAUCAGCCGGGUGGAAGCGCUUCGCAAGAUCAUGGACACAAUGCCAGAAAUGCUCGACGAGACGUCCAUCGACGAAAUCAACUCCAUCGGAGAACAAGUCGAUAACAUCGACAAGAUGUUCCAAACGGAACAUUCCUACCUGGCGGUAACCUGGCCCACGGGUCAGCACUCUCACCCCUAUCUUGCUCAUGAUUAUUACGACUUGGAGAUGGGCGUAGUUGUUGAGCUCUUCUCGACGUCGCCAGUGCAGCACAAAAAUGGUACGGCCUACCACAACGUGGCGGCCAAUCUGCGCGACUACAACACGUCGCUACGCGCCCUCGCAACGCCAGAAGAACUCUGGAACUGCACUCUUGUGCAUGUAAUGUCGCGUAGUCUUGACAAGACUACGCGCGAAGCCUGGGAAACCAGCUUGGGAACGACAACGGAGUUCCCCAGGCCUGAAAAACUUGAAGAGUUCCUUACAACAAAGGCUAGAGCUCUUGAAAGAGCGGCAGCUCAAGCAGAAGCUCAGGCUAAGGCCAAGACUAGAAGUCAACGACCUGCGCUUUCUGCAACCCAGCUCCAGAGAGGCGACGUCUCGUCGACAAAAUCUCACUUUGUCGAAACUGCUGCGGCCGACACACAACAGCAAACUGCAAGUGCAGUCGUCGCACAACAAUCUCAAGCUCAACGGGUCAACGAUCUAACUCAACCGCCAACACGCGAUCAACGAUCGUGCUCACUUGCAACGCAAGCUGAACUAACGCUGUUAGCAACAGCAAAUGCACAAGUCAUCACAUCAUCUGCAACCCACAACGCAAGGCUGCUCGUCGACUACGGAUCGGAGCUCAGCUUUGUCGCUGAAAAUCUCGUCGAACAGCUGGGACUUGAUGGCAAAAAAUCAACACAAACUCGAGUUUUGAUACAAAUUCAUAUAUUACGAACUUUAACUGCAACAUUGCCAUCUUCUAAGACACCCAAGGAAGAAUGGCCACAUCUCAACCGUCUCAAGUUGGCAGAUCCUAAUUUCUACAAACCAAGAACAAUCGACAUUAUCAUCUGUGCCGACAAUUACGGACGGAUCAUUAAACCAAAUUUAGUUAAAGGUUCGCCAUCAAUGCCAGUCGCUCAGCUUUCUAUAUUCGGAUGGCUCGUUAUUGGACCAGCAAGCACACGUCAAGCUCGUGCUUAUUCAUCAUUCAAUGCAUCGGUCUCUCAAGACAGCGACGCUGCUUUGAGAGAAUUGCUGGCGAAAUUCUGGAUUCAAGAGGAGCCUCCAACGGAAACAACAUCUCAACUCGCACCUGAAGAACAAGAGUGUGAAAAUCACUUUCUUGCAACGCAUGGACGUGAUUCUACUGGGCGAUACGUGAGUACUGCUCGUUCCUGCCUGCGACGCACGCUUAACAAGCUCAGCAGGAAUCCUGAGUACCGUGAACAAUACCAACGGUUCAUGAAAGAAUACGAGGACCUCGGUCACAUGAAGACGGCUUCUUCAAUCUCGCCCAACGACACAUCAAUCUAUUAUCUUCCUCAUCGCGGAGUUUUCAAGCCUGACAGCGAAACAACAAAGCUGCGGGUUGUCUUCAAUGGCUCAAGUCCAACAACAACUGGAAUUUCUGUCAACGACAUCAUGCACACUGGUGCGAAUCUUCUGCUCAAUAUCAACGACGAUUUGCUGUGGAUUCGUCAUCACAACUGCAUCUUAGCCACGGACAUCACAAAGAUGUACCGUCAAGUACGAAUACAUGAAGACGACUGGAAUCUCCAACGGAUACUGUGGAUUGAUGAGGAAUCUAACGAAGUCCCAUACACACUAACAACGGUCACCUACGGUACCAAGGCUGCACCAUUUCUUGCAGUCAGAGCCCUGUUGCAACUUGCAGAGGACGAGGGUCAACGCUACCCACUGGCUGUACCAUCAAUCAAAUAUGCAAGGUAUGUCGACGACAUAUUUGGUGGUGUAGAUUCUCUUGAUUCGUUAAUUGAAAUUGCUUCACAAUUAACUGACUUGUGCAACGCGGGCGGUUAA